CGCCGGGCAUGUGAGCCCCGGGCUGACGCCGCCACCAUGGCCUCGCCGCCGCCGCCGCCGCUCCUGCUGCUGCUGCUGCCGCUGCUGCUGCUGCCGCCGCCGGCCGCCCCCGGGACGCGGGGCCAGCCGCCCUCCCCGGCCCGUCGCGCGCCGAGAGGGGCGCCCCCGGCAGACCCGACGCGGCCGGGACCCUCGGGCCGGGCCCCCCGAGGCGGGAGCGCGGCUGCUGCAGGGAACCACUGGCCAGAAGGCAACACUGAACCCCACAUAGAAAACAUCACCUUUGAUCAGAAUCAAGUGGACUUUUCAACAGUGGUCUCCAAAGAGGGUGUGAUGGUUCAGACCCCCAGAAAGAGGCACGCUUCUUCAGAUGCUCCAGAAAACUUCACUCCACAAACUGAAACAGCAGCUGCUAGAGGAAGAAAUGACUCUUCGAGGACAACAAAUUUCACCAUUUCCCCUGUUGGGGCUGAGAGACCCACAGCUCUGACUUCCCAGAGCAUCACCUUAGCCUUGGGAGGGCGUCCCCUGCCAUCCAGCAGCGCAGGGUCAGAAGGCAGAACUGCCCCUUCUCACACGGAGAGCAGCACGUCCUGGGGCUCCCCGGUGAGGGGGCAGGGGCUCCCAGAAGCAAUGACUCUGCACACCCAAGUGGUGGCCACUUCGGUUGUGAGCCAGUCCUCUCUUCCUGCUGUGGAUGUGGGAGAAGAGACCACGCUUCCCAGGCAGAGAAAUUCCUCAGGACCAGAGCAAUCCUGGCUGCCUUUCUCCAGGACACCGGUUUACUCCCCUCCCUCCAGCAGUCCCACACCUUCUGAAAGCACAGAGGAUUUAAACAACUCCACUGCUCUCCCAAGCAUCUCGGUCAGUGGGACAGGGAGUGUGCAAGUUGCCACCAUGUUCCCCAGUGGUGCCCCAAGGAUGCUCCAGUCUUUAAGCGUCAGUCUGGGACCUCUACCCGAGACAGAGCAUUUCUCUGAGGACUCUGAAACUGCUGCAACUUCAGCAUCAGUUCAUUCUUCACCCUCUGGGGCAGACUUAAGAAGAAACGGUGGAGUAAUCGGGAGCCUGGGGGAGAAGAAACUCAUUGAGCCAUCCACAGAAAAUGGAUUUGGCCUCACAUCUUCUGAGGUCUCAGUGGUGCUUUUGCAAAAUGAUUCCCUAACCUCAGGAGGACACCAGCUUGCCAGCCGCUCUGAGGCAGGGAGUAGAAGCCCUGUGUCUCAGACUGAGACUGCGCCUCGGCCAGCCCCGUCGGUCAGAGGGGGACAGAGCACGGCCCACUGGUCCUCCACCAACCGAGGGACGUUCACAGAUGUGACCAGAAGUGUUACUUCCCAUCCUCAAGUUGUGAACUCUUCAGUUUGGAGCCAGUUCUCGGCCUCUGCCCCACAGUCUAGAGGAAGUGACACAGCGCUGGGUGACAGGAGUUCCUCUGAGCCGGCCACCGAGUCCUUGUCUUCAUCUUCAUCUUCCUCAGAAAGCCUGGACUCCUGGGCACCACGUGGGGAACGCUGGACCACUGAGGACAGUCCCGAGCUGGCAGUCAGGCCCGAAGCAGAGGAUUGGACUUCGAAGGGGGCGUCCGAAGCCCACGCUCACAGCCCGCACACUUGGGCCACUCUCACUGGAGUCGGAGAGCGCACGCUGCGAUCUGUCACCAACCGGAGCACGGCUUCUGGGCAUGUGUGGCGCUGGGCGGCGGAGACCACGCCCAGGGAGACGACCACGCCCAGGGAGACCACGCCCAGGGAGACGACCUCGCCCAGGGAGACCUCACCCAGACAGACCACGCCCAGGGAGACCACGCCCAGGGAGACGACCUCGCCCAGGGAGACGACCUCGUCCAGGGAGACCACGCCCAUGGAGACCACGCCCAGGGAGACUACCUCGCCCAGGGAGACGGAGAGCGCCACUCAGCCCGGAAACGUGACCGCGACCGGUGACGGCCACCUAGCCUCUGGGUCUCUGGCGGCCUCGCGUGCCCUCGGAGUCACUGGAAUUGGCUACGAUCAGGUGGGAGGCACAGAUGUUGAACACAGGACUUCCAGCGACCACACUGACCACACCGACCACACCUAUGUUUCAGCUACAUUCACCAAAGGAGAACGGACGCUAUUGUCCAUUGCAGACAACAGCUCAUCCUCUGACCUGAGGGAGAGUUCGACCUUUGCUGUUAAGAUCUCAAACUCUUCACAUUUAGAUUCUUCUUCCUCUUCUCAGGCUCAGACUGAAAGAAGUCACGUCUCAUCCCACGAAGGGGAAUCUGCUCAGCCUUCCACUGAGUCACUGGUUCUGCGCACAACCAACCUUCUGUCCUACACAGCCACUGUUAGUGAACCACGGAACACGCUGGUUCCUCUGGACGCUUAUGCUAAACCUGACCCAUCACCCUCUUCGUCAGGGCUGCCUGGACUCCAGCCCUCCGUGUCACAGUCCUACCACGCAUUCCCAUCAGCCUUGACAGCAGCCAGGGCCUCCUCUCAUCCACAGCAGUCCACACCUGAUGCGCCCACACGUGUGUCUUCCUUACCAGCCUCUUCACCAGUAUCCCUGACAGCAUCCACCCCUUCUUCGCCGUCUGUCUCACAAACAGUCCUUCCACCUACAUCUUCUACCCUGGUCCUGCCUAGGGCCAGGGAUGCUCCUGUGACUUCAGUUCAGAUGUCGACAGUGGCAUCGUCCAUGGAAGUGCUCCCCAGUAGUCAAACAGCAGAGCCUAAGAACCAGAGCAGCCCAUACCUCGAGAAAAUCAUUACGGAAUCAAAGCCACCACACCUGGAGGCUCUGCCCAUGGAGGCCACGGAAGCUGUCACAGUGAGGUCUACUCUGGGGCUCCCCUUGGCCCCGGCCUUAACAGAGGCCUCCAAUGAACAAACCCUUCCAGCCACAAGCACCAGUUUAGCCCAAACGUCUCCAGCUGUGGCAGCCACCACUCUCCAGGCCUCUCAUCCCCCAGUGCCCAGCCCCAGCCCCACAUCAAGCACAGCAGCUCAGAUGGGUGGCCACACAGCAGUACAGACGGUGGUUGGAAAACAGUUCCUACCAACCAGUCCCGAAAUUCUUGUGGUACAAGUCUCAACUGAAGGUGCUGUCACCACAGAGAGGAGCCAGGUUCUCAUAGAUGCUACCACCAGAUCAGUCCCCGUAACCAUCGCCCCCACAUCAGCAAAAGAAUUGACCACAGAGCUUGGCCUUACAGAAGAGUAUAGCCCAGCUUCAUAUUUCCUGAGAACAUCUCCCCAGACCACACACGUUUCUACGGUAGAAGUGGUGACUCCUAAGUUGACCACCUCCGCCACUCAGAGCCACACCCAGUCACCCGCAGGACCGCCAUCUCCAGCCUCAGUUAACAGCUGUGCCACUAACCCUUGUCUUCACGAUGGGAAAUGCAUCAUGGACUCCACCAGCCGUGGGUACCGAUGUCUGUGCUCACCUUCCUGGCAAGGGGAUGACUGCAGUGUGGACGUGAAUGAGUGCCUCUCGAACCCCUGCCCACCCCUGGCCGUGUGCAACAAUACUCAGGGAUCCUUCACCUGCAGAUGCCCAGUAGGGUAUCAGCUGGAAAAAGGGAUAUGCAAUUUGGUUAGGACCUUCGUGACAGAGUUUAAAAUAAAGAGAACGUUUCUUAAUACCACCGUGGAAAAACAUUCAGACCUCCGUGAAGUUGAAAAUGAGAUCACCAAAACGUUAAAUAUGUGUUUUUCAACAUUGCCUGGUUACACCCGAUCCACAGCUCAUGCUUCUAGGGAGUUCAGUGUGGUGGUGAUGUCACUGCAAGCCACCUUUUCCCUGGCCUCCAAUGUGACGCUGUUUGACCUGGUCGACGGGAUGCAGAGAUGUGUCAACUCCUGCAGGUCCUCUGCUGAGCUCUGCCAGCUCUUGGGGUCUCAGAGGCGGCUCUUCAGAGCGGGCAGCUUGUGCAAGCGAAAGACUCCAGAAUGUGACAAAGAGACCUCCAUCUGCACCGAUCUGGACGGGGUUGCCCUGUGCCAGUGCAAGUCUGGCUACUUCCAGUUCAACAAGAUGGAUCACUCCUGCCGAGCGUGUGAAGAUGGAUACAGGCUUGAAAAUGAAACCUGUAUGAGUUGCCCGUUCGGCCUUGGUGGUCUCAACUGUGGGAACCCCUGGUGUGUGUCCUCGCCCCUGCGUGUGGUCCCUCUGACCUGCCGGAGCAGCAUCUCCCAGGAGCUGGCUGCACGUGCAGAAUUCCGGGCCUCUCCACUCCAGACCUGUUGCAUCAGAAUCUGAAUUUUAAGCAGACCCCUAGACUUAGUGAAUAUACAGAUUUGUAUACAUACCAGAGUUGAAGAAGCACUACACCGUUGUAAAUAAAGGUGUUAGAACUUUUGUGUGUAGUUCUAUACGUAUGUAUGUAUUUUCACUUGUCUUAUAUUAGUAACUCAAUGUACAAUGCCCAAGUCAUAGAUAGGUGAAUGUUUGACUUAUGAAACUGCCAAGCUGUGACCUAAAAUGGUUGUUUGCGUUUAUAUACCCACCAGGGGUAUGUAAAAUGCUUCCACAGUGUUGCCAAUACUUAAUAGGGUCAGUCUUCUGAAUUUCCUUAAACUUUUAAUUUAAGGAAGCAGUAGUUUUAAUUGCAUCCCCCUAAGGAUUCAUGACGUUGAGCAUUUUUUUCAUGUGUUUAUUUGCCAUCUGUGUAUAUUCUUAGUAAAAUGUCUGUUCAUACCUUUUGUCUAUUUCUACUUUCAUUAGCAAAUAAAUAGUUCAUUUUUUACCCUCAAAAAAAUACUCACAGAAUAUAGUGUUUUGUAACCUGCUUUUAAACCUAGUAAACUGUGCACUGUUUUCAUUUACAUGAUCUUAUAAUGUCACUCUUGACAGUUCUGUGGAAUUCUCCUCUCUGGAGAUACCAUAAUUUACUUAACCAUUCCCCUCUUAUUAUCAAUUUAAGAUCUUCUUUUAUAUUCUCAUCCUCUACGCCAUUCUUCUGUUUGUGGUUAAUGUCACUUUGUGAUUGUAGAACUCACAUAAUUCCUAGAUUACCUCUCUCUGGCUGCAGACAUUUUUAUCCACCCCUCUUUCUUAUCCACAACAGGUCCUUUUGUAGGUCAUCUUUUCCAUUCACAUGCCCUACGUGUGCCCCGCGUCUCUCCAGUGGAUACUUCUUCCCCGCCAGGCUCCCAGCAUGGCCAGCGAGGAUGUAGAGCCUGUUUUUCCCCAUGUCUGGGUCUCUUCCUCCUCUUCCAGUGAAACUGGAACAUUCAACCUAAAGAUCUCUCUGCAUUGUCCCCAUCAUCCCAACCCACAGUCAGGUGGCAGGUAUAUAAAGCAUCCUCUAAUAGUCUUCACCUUGUCGUUACAUUGAUCUUAAAAAGAACUCAUUCCAGAGGCAAUGCCAUGUGUUAGCAGGAGUAACUCAUAAUAAACAUUCAGAAAGAUAGUGCUAAACUUAGGAGGAAGGAGAGUUCAUUAGUUAUCCAGAAGUCCACUGGAAGCCUCAUACAGCUGAAAGCAGAUACCUCACUCAGUCUUGACGGGCCUCACCUCAUGUCAGAACUGAAAGGAAGUGGCCCGGGAGAGGCGCAUGCUGCCCUGUAUCUGCUCGUGAGUGCUAUGGCCACAUCGCAGCCUGUAGACAAAUUUUGAAAGCUACAGAGGAAAAGAAAAAAGAAUGCUUUCUGAGGGAAAGAUGGUGCAAGGGGAGUGGAAAAAUUUAAAAGGCAGAAUUCUAACCACAUGUAGCUAAUGAGCUCAGUGAGGGGGAGAUAGGGAGAACAAAUGAACUUCAAAAUAAAAUCAAUGUGGCGACCUAAAAAGGUCUGUAAUGAGUGUAAGAGUUUUAAAGGAAGACAUAUGGAUUGGUACAAUUCUGACACCAAUUCCGAUGUGUGUUUUUUCCACAUCACUAGGCCAAUUAACUCAAUUCUGACUCGAUCUCCGGGUAGAUCCCACAGGUUGGGGGCUCAGUCCACAAGACUUCCCUUCCCUGCUCCCCCAUCAGAUACCAGUCCCAAGGCCAGGUUGUUACCUGUGCGUUUGACCAGCCGGCUCCAGAUUGGAGGUUCCAGUGACCCCACCCCCUUGGAUUCAAGUAAUUUGCUAUACUGGGUCACAGAACUCAGGAACGUUUUACUUCCUAGGUUACCAGUUUAUUAUGAAAGGAUUUAACUCAGAAACAGCCAGAUGGGAGAGAUGCCCAGGGCAAGGUUUGGGGAAAGGGCCCAGGACUACCAUGCUGUCUCCCAGCCCGGCACUCUCCCCUCAUCUCCACAUGUUCACCAACCUGGAUGCUUUCUGGACAUCAUCCUUUGGGUUUUUGUAGGGGCUUCAGUACACAGGCAGGAUUGAUUAAAUCAUUGGCCAUUGGUGAUUGAACUCAAUCUUGAGCCCCUCUCCCCUUCCAGAAGUUCAAGGUGAUGGGACUGAAAGUUCUAACCCUCUGCUCAUUGGUUGGUCUCCCUGGCAACCAGCCUCCAUCUAUAGGUUACCUAACGGCUUUCCAGAAGUCACCUGAUUGACUUAACAAAAGACACCUUUACUCCUCUCAAGCCUUAGGAAAUCCCAGUUUUAGGAGCUGUACCAGGAACAAGGACAGAGACAGAUAUAUCUUGCAGAUCAGUGUCACAGAUGGCCAAGGUUCUUCUGGAGUAAAUACACCUAGCUAGCUUAAACAACCAAGACAGUUUAUUGGCAGGAUCCUGGGGUGAGUCAUGGAAUUCAGCAUCAGGAGUGGCAAGCAUCAGGGAACUGUGGGGAAGCACAGCAGCUGGAGGUUGGGGCCCUCUUCUCAGAGCACAUGGUACCACGGCUCCGUCGUCCUCUCUCGCCUCCGCUCUUGCGGUGUGUCUGUGCACAUGCUUUCUUCCUCACAAGACAACACAAUGGCAGAUAGGCUCGCCUAACAGCUUUGAGUGUAAGUCAUUGGUUCAGUCCUUUUGAAAGAGAAGAUUCUCUCUCUUUCCCACACUGAGAUUCCUGGGAAGAAACUCAUUGAUCCAGUUUGGAUCAUGUGUUUACUCCCAGACUGAUCCACUGUGGCUGGUGUGUCGUGGACAAGCACCCGUGCUGUACCCGGCAUGUGGAGGUCCCAGAAGGGAGUUGGCUAAGCAGACAGUCCUGUAGAUUCCAUCCAAAUAAGCAUAUAAGCAAAGACAACUACAGCGUAUAGGAAAGGUGAAGGCCCAGACUGGGUUGGUUUAACGAAAAAUGCCAGCAGCAAUGACAGCAACAUCAACCUGUGAUUAAAGCACAAGAAGAAUAAGGGAGGACAGAGCCCUUGCUUGGGAAAGACUGCGAAAUGUAAACAAAUGUCUAAGACAAAGUAAGACUGAGAAUUCCAGGCUCAUCAUUCUGGAAGAUCUCUUCAAGUAGGGAGGAUAGGACAGACAAACCCAGGACAACACGCAUUGCCUUCACUCUCAUCUUAAUUAGCAAACAUUCAGGGAACCUGUGGGCCUAGUGAGCGUUACAGUAGGUGUUGAUUUAAAUCCCAGGCAUUGUGCAUCGUCAUGUGACCUCAUCGCAAAUCUAAAGUCAGUCUUUAAGUGCAAACGAUCGGUUGUAGUUCAUGAGCUGACUUGACCACAGGUAUGAGAAAAAAGUCCUGUGGGUUAUAUUGUCCAUAAGCUUGUUACAAAUACCCACUGACAUGGCUUCCAAAGAACAUCAAACAACUCUUUGAGCAAUAUAUGUGUAUAAAAUAAAUGAUAUGUAUGUAUACUGUUGACUGAAAAAAAAUGUAGAACCUAAAAGUUGAGACAUACAUUUUAUUUGGCAGACUUUCUGAGGACUUAAGCCUGAAAGACCGCCACCUCUCAGAUCGCUCUGAGGGACUGCCCUCUAGAGGUAGGGGAGGAACCAGGAUAUAUAGGAAUUUUGCAACAAAAGCCAGUUAGUAGGAACAUAAAAAGAUUACUGUUAAUUAAAGAAAACCAGACAUCUCAUUCCCUUGAUGUGCCCCUGAGUGAUCUAGGGCCUGGAUCCUGCUUUUCUCCACCCUGGGUCCCCUCAGGGUGCACAGUUGGGGCGGCUGCAGUGACUUCUGGCUUGGUGGUCACAACUUCCUUUAUUUACUGAUACAGCAGGCAAUACUCUUUGUCCACAAUACACAUACAAUGUCUAGAUAUUUAGAGGAGGUUGUGUGUAUAUAAACACAUGAAUAAAAUGUGGGAAACAGAGAGAAGCUUGGAGAAGAAAGCACAAAGCUGUCAUCACCCGAGGCAGCACUAACAUCUGAGUAUUUUUGUGAAUUCCCUCCUGGGCGCUUUCUCUGUGCUCCUCUCUACUGUAUUUUACAAACUUAUCGGUCCACAGUAGACUCCUUAAAAAAAAGGAGAGAAGGAAAUUCAAGAUAGCUGGUGCCUGGGGGAGAGAUGAGAGGAGCAAGUGAGACUUUAUUUUCUUUAUGAGGUGUCACCUCACACCAGUCAGAAUGGCCAUCAUUAAAAAGUCCAUGAACAAUAAAUGCUGGAGAGGCUGUGGAAAAAAGGGAACCCUCCUACACUGUUGAUGGGAAGAUAAAUUGCUGAAACCAUUAUGGAAAACAGUAUGGAGACUCCUUAAAAAACUGAAAAUACACUUACCCUAUGAUUCAGCAAUCCCACUCCUGGGCAUAUAUCCAGAGGAAACUCUAAUUCAAACAAAUACAUGCACCCCAAUGUUCAUAGCAGCAACAUUUACAAUAGCAAAGACAUGGAAACAAGCUAAAAAUCCAGACAGAUGACUGGAUAAAGAUAUUGUGGUAUCUUUGUACAAUGGAAUACUACUCAGCCGUAAAAAAGAAUAAAAUAAUAUCAUUUGCAGCAACAUGGAUGGACCUGGAAAUUGUCAUUCUAAGUGAAGUAAGCCAGAAAGAGAAAAAAAAAUCAUAUGAUAUCACUCAUAUGUGGAAUCUAAAAAAUGACACAAAUGAAUUUAUUUGCAAACAGAAACAGACUCAGACAUAGAAAACAAAUGUAUGGUUACCAGGAGGAAAAGGGGAGGCUGAAGGGAUAAAUUGGGAGUUUGGGAUUUGCAGGUACUAUCUGCUAUAUAUAAAAUUGAUAAACAGGGUCCUACUGUAUAUUCAGUAUCUUGUAAUAGCCUAUUAUGAAAAAGAAUAUGAAAAGGAAUUGUAUAUGUAUAAUUGAAUAACUGUGCUAUACACCAGAAAUUAACGCAACAUUGUAAACUGACUGUACUUGGGUAAUUAAAAAAAAAAUUUGUGGCCAUGUGGAAUCCCCCAAAAUAUCAAGUAUAUUGAAACUGAAAUUCACAAACUUUCAUUUAUAAGAAAAUAAAAAUAUUAAAUUUGACUUUAAUCAAAAAAAAAAAAAACCCACAAAAGCAAUAAAAUUAGAAGAACAUCCAAAAGCACAAGCAGAGAAAAGCUCAUCCCUGACCACAGGCCAUUCGGGAAGCACUGGUCUACUGUCUUUGUUUCAGAGAGGAACCUGCCACUGCAAGGAUCACUUCUACAACCAGCGCUCCUUUGUUUUGCUGAAGGGAGGAGACGUGACCUUGGUGUGGAGGGAUAAGCAGGAGCCAGACUUUGCUCUCUGGCUGGGAACAAAGGGAGCCACUGUGGGGUUUUUAAAGCAGGGAAAUGGUACCAUCACAGCUGCUUUUUGAAAUUAAUGGGCAAAAACUUCAUGCUGUACACCAGAAAUGGACAUAACAUGAUAAACUGACUAUACUUCAAUUUAAAAAAAGAAGAAAGAAAGAAAUGAGUGGGCAAGACGUGGGCAGGAGGAUGAGUUGGGAGGUGAUUACAGUUGUCUGGUCAGGACUCGAUGGGGGCCUUUGGUGGUGUUAGGGCGGUAAAGAGCAGUCCACAAAUUUAAGGAUGUCUUUUGUCGUUACUUUUUUUUUGAAAGUGCAGCUUGAAUACAUGUGUCAGGAGGUGAGGGAGAGAAUUAACUCAUUCGUUGGUUUGCUUUGUUUCUUGUGUAUCUACAUACUGAUGGUUUCUCAUAAAAUCUGGUAUCUGUGCUGCUUAUUUCAAGAAAGGACAGGUAAAUGGUUGCAUGACUUGUGUUUGCUCUUAUCUUACAAUCUGUUCAUAGUCAGCUCUGUGUAUUACCCUUUGACUUUAUCUGAAUACCUACAGAGCGUGGUUCCAGCCAGAUUUACCUGGUUAUUGGCCCUUUUUCCAUCUUGGACUUUACAACUGAGAACACAAUUUUAAUUAUAUUUCCACAACACAAAAUCAAUCUGAAUAUCUAAUAGAACUUGGUGAAAAAUAUGAUUUUUCCAGAAAUACACAGGCAUAAAACCAAUUAAUUAAAAUUUUAAUAUUGUUUAUUAUACAUGAUACGUGCUCACUUAUAUGACUGCCAAUUUCUGGUAAUUAAAUUCGAUUUGUAUGCAUUGAGGCUACCCAGUGCCAGCCUGGAUUAUGCAGUGAUUCCCAGGCUCUGGGUAAUAUGUCUUAUAAAAUUGGGGAAUCUAGCCUAGGGUUGCCUCCUUUUUAUUUUAUUAAGUAAAAACCUAAAACCAAAUUUUAAAAAUUCAUAUCUAUCCUCACCAUCAAUUCCAAAAAAAUUUUAAACAAUUAUUUUCAAAAGUAGCCCAAAAAAGAUUCUCUUUUUUCUCAAUUACUUUUUAAAAACUAGCCUUAUUGGAGGCGUAAUUUACACAUAAUAAAGUGCAUCUAGAGUAAGUAAGGAGACAAAGAAGGAAGGACCAACUCUUAGGCGGUAUUAAAACUAGGGAAAAAAACAAGCGUAGUUUUGGAAAAAUACAUGCAUCUCCUUUAUUUUUCUCUUCUGUUGGUGGAUUGGUGGCAGUGUCAUCAGGCUGGUCUGCAAGUAGAACUUGGGACCCCCAACUCUAGGCAUGGAUAAGAAAGGGAAGCUCUUCUCAAAAAGUGUAGGGAAAGAAAAAUCAUUUUUCCUCUCCUUCCUAGGUUCUUGGCUGAGGCACAUCCCCCCACCCUCUGCAGAAGCCAGACUAAGAGGAGAAAAACACAAUUUUAAUUAUGUGCAUACACAUGGGAGCCCCCACAAAGAUAUGAGACUCAGGCAGCCAGAUGAUUGAGGCUCAUAUACCCUCCUGAGAUGAGGAAAGGGCCGGGGGCCUGGGGCUGCAAAUGGGAAAAGGCAGUUCACAGGGGAAAAGUGCGAAGAGGAAAUGUUUGGGAAGCAAAGAUUCCUGCCAGCAGAUAAGUCUCUCAGGUGAACAGGUCAUCUCUGGUGUUAGCUCUCUUCCUGGUACAAGCCUCCUUCUAAUGUAAAUUUCCCUUACCAAGGGGUAACUAGGACUCAGUUUUCAGAGCUUCUUCUGUGCCUGCAGAAAUAUCAGCUCUAAAUAAUAAAUAGGUAAAGAGGCAUAUUUUGGGGUGACACGUUCUGCUCCCCUUCAGUAGAGAAAAUGCAGAGCCAGCCUUUAGCCGCCCUUGCUGGGGGCCCAGGGAAUGAAAGGUGGUCCCCAGCUGAGGUACUGGGGUGGCCUUGGGGUGGGGAGUGGGACCAUUUUGGGGCAUUCCUUCAUUCCUUCAUUACCUCUUACCGAUCCACGUUUUCCUUUUCUCCUGAACCGUGUUUAGCCUAUCAGCUUAUCACCGUGGUGAUCGCGGCCGCGGGAGGUGGGCUUCUCCUCAUCCUGGGCAUCGCACUGAUUGUUACCUGUUGCCG